AUGGCCUGUCGACAUGUCCUCGCUUACACAUUCGUCCUCCUUGCAUUUGCGUUAGAAAUUCAUGGCCGGGCACUACCAAAAUGCCAGUACCAGGAGUAUGCUUGUGGGAACGACUUAUCUAAACGAGGUUAUACGAACGCCGAUUUCCGGGCAGCGAUCGCAAAACUUCCACCUGGGAUUAUUCCACCCACUCUCAGUAAUUCGCAGCUUCUCCAGGUUCUUUACCACUGUGACGACAUCUACAAUUCUAUAUCCGGCAAUGCUUUUUGUGUUUCGGGGUGUAUCGCCAUCAGUGGUUCGUUAGCUAAUGACCAAUGCUACAUGAACGGCUUCAAUGUUCCUCCAUCCGGGAAGAAGAAACGAUGA